GACUGAAUUAAGGACUUCAAAACAGUCCGCAAAUUAGAUCUUUAAUACGUUUUUAAUCGCCCACUAAACCAAAAACUUUUAUGCUUUUAAUUCCUUUAUAUAUAUAUACAUAUUAUCUCUUUCUUUAUUACUAUUAAUUUUCUGUUGGCUCCCUUCUUAGAAUCACCUCCCAAAAUGGCAGAAAAUUCGAUUCUUUGCUCGGUUUCCAGUUUGACUCUCAGCAUUUUCAUUCUCUUUUGUUGUUUAUUUGGGCAUUGUAAUUCGGUGGAGCAACUUGGUGGAUAUGAUACCUUUACUAUUUCAAGCUUCAAAUACCCAGAAACCCAGAUCAGACCUUUUGACAUGCAUUAUAUAAGAGUUGAUUUACCCCCAUGGUUCUCUUCAAUGUCGAUAGCAUUGAAGUCGAGUGUCAAUCUUGACAUUAAAAGUGCUAAAAAAGUUCCUAAAAGUGUGCUGCCGAUGAUAUGCUUCAGAGAUGGCAGCCUCCCAUUGCCAGAUGUCUCAAGCACUUCAUUAGAAGUUGCACUAUCUAACAGAUCUUUUGAUGGAAUACAAGUACUUCAAAAUAUGGAGCAGUGCUAUCCUGUGCCAAGAAAUAUGACAAUGAAGUUGACGAAUGAGCAGAUAUCUGCCAGGGUUUUGUAUUUUGGUCUUUUCAAUGGUGUUGGGCCUACAAGAACACAGUCAAAGAUGAUUGUUAGGAACCGUGCUUACUCCUUUACAGCUAAUAUUAGCGUGGAAGGAUGUACAACCUCAACAAUGCAAGGACAGUACUGCAACCAAACUAUUGAACUGCUUUCUUGUGCUCGAUCUGGUAAUAGUUCAGGAAAUGGUUCAGUAUCUGGGUUCUUCAAUCAAAGCAUGGUUUUGUGCAGGAACAAUUUUGAGACCUCCUGCCAUGGGGAUGGAGAAAUGAAAAUAUACUCCUUAGAGAUACUACGGAUAACUGAAUCCUUAACAAUUUCUGUACAAAAUCUAAGGUUAAGACCUCUGGACAGCAUAGGGAAUAGUAGCAGAAUUUAUUUAAUGUGCUUUGCUCGUUAUGGUGCAAUGCCAUUGGCUACUCUGCAUGAUUAUUCUGGUGACUUAAACCAAUCCCCUUUGGUCAUUCGCUUCCCAAAGGUUGGCCAGUGGUAUAUUUCUAUUCUAGCCCUUCAUCUUGCAAAGGAAAUUGGUGGGGCCCUGAGUAAUGUUUCAAAAGUUUGCUAUUCCUUGGAAGUGCAAGAACUUGAAUGUCCUUUGGGAAAGGCUGGGCCAAACUGUUCGUCUGAAAGAUACAUGCUUCAGACGGUUCUCAGGAAAUAUUCGACCCCUUUUGAAUCCUAUUAUUUGCCAGAUGGUGGGGAUGUGAUAUCAGAUGCUCUUAAUUUUCAUCUUGAGCCCCUUUUAAGCAACUACUCAGUUGGAGGACUGGACAGCUGGACUUAUUUUCUUCUGGAUGUUCCUCGAGGUGCUGCUGGUGGAAAUCUCCAUGUCCGGCUAAUGUCAGAUAGAAAGAUGAAUUAUGAAAUAUAUGCUAGAAAUGGUGGAUUGCCAUCACUUAUUAACUGGGACUAUUAUUAUGUAAACAAGACAAGCAGCAGUGGUGACUCCGUGUUUUUUGUAUUGUACAAUUCAAGUGAUGAAAAGGUCGAUUUUUACAUCUUAUAUGUUAAGGAAGGAAUCUGGAAUAUUGCACUAAGGCAUCUAAACAGCACUGGUGACAUUUCCGAUGGCCAGACUACUAUGUCUAUUUCACUUGAAAGAUGCCCUAAAAGAUGCUCCUAUCAUGGUGCUUGUAAAUCUGCUCUUGAUACAAGUGGAUUGACUUUGUACAGCUUUUGUGCCUGUGAUCGGAACCAUGGAGGUUUUGACUGUAGCAUUGAGAUUGUAUCCCAUCAAGGACACAUAUGGCAAUCGAUUGCACUAAUCGCAUCUAAUGCUGCAGCUGUGUUUCCUGCUUUUUGGGCUCUCCGGCAGAAGGCAUUCGCAGAAUGGGUGGUCUACACAGUGAGUGGAAUUUCAAGUGGAUUAUAUCAUGCAUGUGAUGUGGGUACCUGGUGUGUAUUGUCCUUUGGUGUUUUACAGUUUAUGGACUUUUGGCUGUCUUUCAUGGCUGUAGUGAGCACUUUUAUAUACCUCACAACAAUUGAUGAAGUCUUUAAAAGGGCAAUCCACACAGCUGUGGCUAUCCUUACUGCCCUGAUGGCCAUAACUAAGGCAACCAGGUCAUCCAAUAUUAUCCUUGUGAUGGGAAUCGGAGCGUUUGGUCUUCUUCUUGGGUGGUUGAUAGAGUUCUCUACCAAUUAUCGGUCACUUUCCUGUUCAAUGGGUUUAUGUUUGAACAGACUUGAAAGAUGGCCGAGCAGAGAAUGGCUGCAGAAUCUUGUAAACACUGUAAUGAAACGAUUUAGAUGGGGAUUUGUGCUUGCUGGUUUUAUUGCACUAGCCAUGGCAGCGAUAAGCUGGAAUCUUGAAAGCAGUCAAAGUUACUGGAUUUGGCACAGUGUUUGGCAUGUUGCCAUAUAUUCAUCUUCUUUCUUCUUCCUCUGUUCAAAAGUAAUAACCAUAAAUAGUGGGAACAGAACACCCACCGACGCAAACUAUCAGUUGACUCAGCAGGAUUCUCUCUCUCAAGGUGCAUAGGAAGAAGGAAGAUUUUUCAGAGAAUUGAACUUCACAUAAGGAAACAAGUUACCAUCAAAACAUGCAGGAAAAAAGUUUCAUCUGGCAAUAUAGUAAUUUGUAGACCCAAAAUAAUAUUCGACCUCUUCAAUAUCUUUCCCUUUUUUUGGUAAAUUGGCCUAUUUACCACCUUUUUCCAGGAUUAUCUUCUCCUGUGUAUAUAAUGUAUACACCAAUAGGUCGGGUAAAGAACUGAAGCAGCUUAGCAAUGUGACCCAAAAUCUUUUAGCCUUUGGGGAAAGCAAAGUGUGAGCAAUAGAUGCAGGUUUCUCUAUCUUGCAACUGUAAAAAGUAUUUGGAUUUUUUUUUCAAUAUUUUUCAUAAUUAAUUUUUAUUUAUCAAUAUGAUAAAGUGCUUUAGAUUUAUCAA